CGUUCAUAAUUAUGUAAUGUGCUUUAAUGCCGUAUUCCGAUUGCCACCUGUAUGAUCCAUUCAAAUUGUUGCUUCGUUCAGGGAAGUUGGAGGACCUAUCAUGGAAUUAGUUGAUACCACUGCAGAUGAGCAGGAGAAGAUUGCACUCUACCAUAUUUAACAACCCAGAUUCCUUUUAGAGGAGAGGUGCUGAACAAUGGCUGAUUUCCUUGCUGAAAAUAACCCUUGUGGGCAGACCGUGGUACGAUUGGUAUCAAGAGGCAAUGCCAUAAUUGCUGAAUUACUCCGCCUCAAGGAUUUCAUUCCACCAGUCUUCAAGUUGGAGACCAAGCAAGACCUCCAAAAGUACCGGGAUGUAAUAUGUGAUUUUAGCUAUUUCAAGACUGCAGAUGUUUUUGAGAAUAAUAUUGAGGCUAAUGUGGAACUGCAAGAUCUAGAUGAGGAAUUUAGAGAAAAUUACUCCGAAAUAUUAAGUCGAUUUUAUCUUGCUCUUGAAAGUAUUCAUCAGUAUGUUGGUGAUUUAAAUAGAUUUCUUAGUGAUUUGGAAGAGGGUUUUUAUAUUCAGCAAACUUUAGAAAGUGUUUUCCAAUGUGAUGAAGGAAAACAGUUGAUGUGUGAGGCACUGUACCUGUAUGGUGUCAUGUUGUUAGUUGUUGACUUUCACAUAGACGGUACUGUCCGUGAGCGUAUGCUGGUAUCUUAUUAUCGAUAUAGUGCUCAGAGAUCAUCUCAUGGAAGUAAUGUUGAUGAUGUCUGCAAGCUUUUACGCUCAACAGGCUACAGCUCAGUGUCAGGUUCCAGGCGACCCAGUAAUUAUCCGGAAGAUUUCUUUAGGCGAGUAGCAUUACCUGAAGUAUAUGUAAGUGUAGUCCUGGGAUGUUUGAGAUCUGAUGACAUCUACCACCAAAUGGCUGCCUACCCAUUUCCAGAGCACCGUAGUUGUGCUUUAGCUGGACAAGCAGCAAUGCUGUUCAUUUGCCUAUUCUUUGCUCCAAAUGUACUCCACUCUCAAACAGCUCAGAUGCGAGAAGUUGUUGACAAGUAUUUCCCGGAUAAUUGGGUGAUAAGUGUUUACAUGGGAAUGACAGUAAACCUUUUGGAUUGGUGGGAACCCUACAAAGCUGCAAAGACUGCCCUAAGCAACACAUUAGAUUCAGCUAACAUCAAAGAUCAUGCCACAAGAUUUGCUGCUAAACUCCAAAAAUUAAUACAUCAAACACGUCAGUUGCUUCAAGAGGGAGCACUUAAUGAAGAUGUUGUUCUUGAUCAUGUGAAUAAAGUUGUUAAUCUUGUGCGCGAGUGCAAUGUAACCCUCCGCUGGUUGAUGCUCCACACUGCAGCCCUUCCUCCAGCUGCUGAUUCUAAUAAGCGAUGUCGCCAAGUUCGUGAUCAGGUCAUAAUUGACGCAAAAUAUGAACCUCUUCAAAUAUUUGAAUUGUUGUUGAACACUGCUCAAUUUGAAUUCAAAUUCAAGGAACUUUUCAAACGGCUUCUUUCAGAGAAAACCAAUCGUUGGAAUAAUGACAAAAAAGAAGCUGUGGAAAGAAUGCAGGAACUUGCAGAGGCGUUUUCAGGAACAAAACCUCUCACUAGAGUUGAUAAAAAUGAAAAUUUACAACUCUGGUUUUCUGAGAUGGGAAAACAGAUAGACUUAUUGAAACAUGAGGAAGCCACCUCUACUGGACGCAAGGUCGCUCAAAUGAUUGAGGCGUUGAAUGAAGUGCAGGAGUUUCACCAACUUGAAGCAAAUAUGCAAGUGAAGCAAUUUCUUCUUGAUACUCGAACCCAUCUGCACCACAUGGUCCGUGCUGGAAAUAUUAAGGAAGAUGUUUUGAUCACUCUUCAGAUGAUUGCCGAUCUGAGUUAUGCAUGGGAAAUUGUUGAGUCUUACACUAAAUACAUGCAGGAAGGCAUCAAGAAAGACCCUGGACUGGUCAUUAAACUAAGAGCAACUUUUUUAAAGUUGUCAUCGGCAUUGGAGACUCCCUUACUGCGCAUCAACCAAGCUCGUUCAGCUGAUUUAGUCUCUGUGUCACGAUAUUAUUCUGGCGAGCUUGUUGCCUACGUCCGGACAGUGCUGCAUGUCAUUCCCGAAACAAUGUUUGGUUUAAUGGCAAGAAUUGUGCAUCUGCAGACACACGUGAUCAAAGAACUUCCCACCAGACUUGAGAAAGAAAGGCUGAAAGAUUUUGCUCAACUGGAUGAUCGCCGUGAGGUGGCAAGGCUGACUCAUGAUGUUUCCAUUUUGACUGAAGGAAUUCUCGCUAUGAAGAGUACAUUGGUGGGCAUUAUCAGAAUUGAUCCAAAGCAACUUUUGGAGGAUGGAAUCCGGCGAGAGCUUGUCAAACACAUCAGUAUAGCUCUUCAUAAUGGACUGAUUUUCAACCCAAAGGCUAAAGUUAGUGAAUUAAUUCCCAAACUGGAGGCCCUUGGGGAAACUAUGGAUGGGCACCGUAGGUCUUUUGAGUAUAUUCAAGAUUACGUCAACAUAUGUGGCUUGCGAAUAUGGCAAGAGGAAGUUUCUCGUGUGAUGGGAUAUAAUGUUGAACAGGAAUGCAAUGCUUUCUUGCGAACCAAAGUGCAAGACUGGCAAAGUGUCCAUCAAAGCAGAGCCAUACCUAUUCCCAACUUCCCUCCACCAUCUCAGGAUCCUGCCUCUGUGAACUUUAUUGGAAGACUUGCAAGGGAACUCAUAAGAAUAACUGAUCCAAAAUCUACUAUUUAUGUUGAACACAUGACUGCAUGGUAUGAUGUUAAAACCCACAAAGAAGUUAUAAAUAUGAAAGUUUUCUCCAAAAUUAACAAGUCAAUAGGAAUUGCUGGACUUACUGGCUUAGAUAAACUAUUAUCUUUCAUGAUUGUCACCGAAAUUCAGAAUUUACUUGGAGCCUUGCACAAAGGGGUCCUAAAAGACAAAGCAUGGUUAGAAAUGUUUGCAACAGUUUCUAAAGGGUUAGCUCCAACAACAGGCGUUGUUAGCAAUCCAGCUAGGUGGUACUCACAGCACUGGAGUAGAGCUCAGAGGGUGUGGCCUCAAAUUCUCGACUGGGUUCUCAAAGUGGGACAGAUGCAGCUCCUACGCAAACACAUUGGUUAUGAGCUGAAUGUGGCCUGCCGCUUUGAUUCCAAACACCUUGCUGCUGCCCUGACUAACAUGAACCUGGCGUUACUGUCUGACGUUCAGGCACAUUAUCGGGACCCUGGCCGCCCCUAUCCAAAAGGAGACUCCCCCUUAAUGUUUGAGCUAACCACUUAUCUUGAUUGGGCUGGCAUAGCUGAUCCAUGGGCCAAAAUUUACGUCACCACCCGAAAUUUGCCAUACUUUGCACUACUUUGCUUCUUGUUUGUUUUAUCCCAGUUGCAAAAAUUAGCUUAUGUGCGCAGUGUGGGUGGUUUGUCUUGCAAGCGCCCACAAGAACCUCUUGAUGGGAUGGCCCUAGUGCUGGGCAUGCAGACAAUACUGAAACAGUUUCACCCUGAGGUUGCAAAACAAUUUUUGUUGUACAUCAGUCAAUUCGUUAAAUCUCACAUUGAUUCUAUUGCGCCAAAUGGUAGUAAAACACCAAGUGAACUGCCACCAGAAGUCAUGAGUGCCUUGUACUUCUUGGAAGGAUUUAUCAAGGUCUCCGGGCAACCACGCCAGGUCUUAUCAACCCACAUUCCCAACACUAUUCUAGAUUUAUACCAAGUGCUAGGAUCUUAGUUCCACCCUGAUAGCGACAGUUCUCCAUUCUCCAUGGACUUGGUUCAUUGUUCUGUGAUACUGUCAAAUUAUAUUACAGUACUAUGCAUAUAGUACAUUUGUAUGUUGUUGAUGCCUUUAAUAAAUUUUAUGCUGUCAAAAGAUAC